CUCUCUGCGAGUCUCUUCAUGUUGUAGGACAAACACGUUGUCUCGAAGCUAGUGAACCGUCCAUCUCUUGUGUGUUGGUUGCGAGAAUGUCGUUCCAAUUUCGAGAUGUUGUCUCUUUUAGGGCAUACGACACUACAAAGUCCCUCCUCUUGAUACUGGCAACAACGUGGGCGAUUUACAACUUGGCCAAGCUGAUCUACAACCUCUAUUUUCACCCUCUGCGGCAUAUUCCCGGACCAUGGCUCUCAGCGGGAACAUAUCUUCCAGAGCUCUACUACGACUGGGCGAGAUCUGGACGUUACACGCGACAGAUCCAAAAGAUGCACGAGAAAUACGGCCCCCUCGUCCGCAUUAAUCCCGACGAAGUCCAUUGCAAUGAUCGCCAUUUCAUCGACGAGAUCUACGCUGGGGGAAGCAGGAAACGCGACAAGCCCGUGCACCAGGUCAAGGGCAGCGGAGUCGCGGAGCACGCGACCUUCUCAACCACCAGCCACGACGUUCACCGUAUGCGACGAGGAGCUCUUUCCAAGUUCUUCUCGCGCGCCCAAGUCUCCCGUCUCGAACCGACCAUCCGCGACCUUGCUGAAUCCCUCUGCGAGAAGAUUUUAACCCUUGGAAAGGACGAACCAUUCGAUGUCACCACAGCACUGAGUCUAUUCACCACCGAUGUCAUCAGCGGCUACUGCCUCGGAGAGAACCUCGGCCUGGUUGCGCAGAAAGGGUGGGAACCUAACUUUAGAGAACCACUGUACGCCCAGCUGAAGCUCGUGUACCUGUUCCGGUUCUUCCCUUGGAUGAGGCAUUUGGGAUUCGCCAUGGCAAUGUUCACCCGGCGCUUGUCGGAAGAUAUGGAAUCACUGUUCAGCGUUUUGAUUGUUGACAUGCCCAACUACGUCAAGAGCGCGCAAGCUAGAGUCGACAAGGGCAUAGACGAAGGCACAACAGUGUUCGGAUCUGUGUUGCAAUCCAAUCUGCCGCCGAGCGAGAAGGCCCUACAGCGUCUGGUCGAGGAGGGCUUUUCGCUGUUUGUGGCUGGUACAGAGACUGUCAGCUGGGCUUUGACCGUCAUCACAUACCACCUUCUGACCAAGCCGUCGGUGCUCGAAAGGCUUACUGCCGAAGUAAGGGGCGCCGUUAACAGCUCGGGCCAGGUCCCGGACUGGGCUGCCGUGGAGAAGCUUCCAUAUCUCAGCGCUGUCAUUCACGAGGGACUGCGGCUGUCGUAUGGCCUUGCGAGCCGAACCUCUCGUGUUGCUCCCGGCGAAGAUUUGGCUUACAGUGGAAGUUGGAUUCCCAAGGGCCGUACAACACCAGUCAGCGUCCAGCAUGUGAUCCCGAGGGGAUAUGCAGUUGGCAUGUCGGCUGUGAUCACGCAUCACGACGAAAGCAUUUAUCCCGAUUCGCACGCUUUCAUCCCGGAACGGUGGUUGGAUGAAAGCAACCAGCACAGAAAGGAGCUCGACCGCGCCCUCCUGUCUUUCUCAAAAGGAAGCCGUGGCUGUAUUGGCAUAAAUCUGGCCCAUUGCGAACUGUAUCUGCUGCUUGCAUUGUUGGUUGACCGCGUUUACCCGCAUAUGCAACUCCAUGAGACGAGCGAAGCGGAUAUUGCUUGGGACCAUGACUUUUUUAAUCCGUUCCCAGUUUGGGGAAGCAAGGGAGUGAGGGCGGUUAUUGCCAAGUAGACAUCUCAAAGAGGACUGGUAGAUAAGUAGCGGAAGGAUCUGAAGAGUGUAACACCGAGGGGACAUAAAUGGUCCAGCGGAGUCACAAGUG